UCGGCUAUUUUGUAGGCAACCCCGUAUACUCUGGAAUGUUCGUCAGCAGACGGUAUAAGGGAGGUGGAUGGUCUACUGCAACAUAACCGCGUAACCAAAUUUUUAAUACACGUGAAAUAUAAUUACGUAUAUAUUAUGGAUUUUGUAAUCGAUACAGUUGGUGAUACGGCUGAAGAGAAAACUCCUUACGGUCCCGUUAGCUCCUUUCUAACAGAACUAUUCAGUGGCUUGGAAGAACCCAGCAAGCAGAAACCAACUGUUCCCAAAAGUAAAAAUGUCUUACUGGAAGAAAUACUUGAUGACUUAAAGAGGCCUAAUGCGAAACUACACAAAAAAAAGAAGUCUGAAAAGGUGGAGGCUUUCAAAUCCAUUGAUCGACAGGAAGUACAAAAAGCUCUUGCAAAGUCAGUUUUAACACCAGAAUUUGAAAAAUUACAUGUUGUCCCACCAUUUGAGAUAUCUGAGAGGAAGCUAAAGCAACAGAGAAAGAAAGAAAGAGAAAAAACCAAGGGCGAUAAAUGGUUUGGUUUACCGGCUACAGAGAUGACUGAAGAGGUCAAGCAAGACCUGCAAGUGCUACAAAUGAGGUCUGUGCUGGAUCCGAAGCAUUUCUAUAAGAAAAAUGAUCUCAAAGUUCUUCCGAAAUAUUUUCAGAUAGGAAAAGUAAUGGAUUCCCCUAUCGACUUUUAUAACGAUCGAAUCCCCAAGAAACAGCGCAAGAAAACUCUGGUGGACGAACUGUUAGCAGACGCUCAGUUCCAGAAGUAUAACAAGAGGAAAUAUAAGGAAAUCAUCGAGGACAAACAGAAGACGCACUACAAAGCUUGGAGGCAGGCGAAAAGACUGAAGAAAAAGAAAUAGAAAAUUUUUGUUCAAAAGAAAUAAAAAGCAUUUAUUAAAAAAAAUUGCUUGAUUGAAGUUAUUUACGUAACAAAUGUAAGAUUAAAAAUUUGGGUUUUGUAGCAUGAGCAAGUUUAAUUUUAUAAACAUUUACUCAAGCAGGAAAUUUUUAUAUUCACUUGUAUAAUGUUCCAAGAAAUUUCCUUCAAUUUCAUCGAAAUACAACUGAACAAUAAAAAUAAAUCUGCAAAUUUUGUACAUAAAGUCAA